ACCGGGCUGCGCAGACUGCGCAUGGGGUUUCUUGGCCGCGCACGGCUGCCUGGCGCGCCCACGCGCUCGCGAUAGUCCUGAGGAGAAGGUUGCGGCCACACGCGGGAAAAGCGGCUCCCGGUGACCGUUACCCUUUCGGUUUCCACGGGAGACGCCGGAAGAGGAGGAAGAAGGGGAACGGAGCCCCCCACCCCCAAAAUGGGGGAAUCAGCGACUCGAGGCUGCACUGUGUGUUGCAAGUCUUCGUGGAAUCAGCUGCAGGAUCUGUGCCGACUGGCCAAGCUUUCUUGUCCUGCCCUUGGUGUUUCAAAGAAGAAUCUUUAUGACUUUGAAGUGGAGUACCUAUGUGAUUAUAAGAAGAUUCGUGAGCAGGAGUAUUACCUGGUUAAGUGGCGUGGGUAUCCUGACUCAGAGAACACCUGGGAACCACGGCAGAAUCUGAAAUGUGUGCGCAUUCUCAAGCAGUUCCACAAGGACCUAGAAAGAGAGCUUCUCCGGCGGCACCGCCGGUCAAAGCCACCCAGGCAUCUGGACCCAAACAUAGCCAGCUACCUGGUGCAGAAAGCCAAGCAGAGGCGGGCACUGCAGCUCUGGGAACAAGAGCUCAAUGCCAAGCGCAACCACCUGGGGCGGAUCACCGUGGAGAAUGAGGUAGACCUGGAUGGUCCUCCAAGAUCCUUUGUCUAUGUCAAUGAGUAUCGUGUUGGUGAGGGUAUCACCCUCAACCAGGUAGCUGUUGGUUGUGAGUGCCAGGACUGUCUGUUGGCACCCACUGGAGGCUGUUGCCCAGGAGCAUCCAUGCACAAGUUUGCCUACAAUGACCAAGGCCAGGUGAGAUUGAAAGCUGGGCAGCCCAUCUACGAGUGCAACUCCCGCUGUUGCUGUGGCCAUGAAUGCCCAAACCGUGUAGUCCAGAAAGGCAUCCGCUACAACCUCUGCAUCUUCCGCACUAAUGAUGGUCGAGGCUGGGGUGUCCGCACGCUGGAAAAGAUCCGCAAAAAUAGCUUUGUUAUGGAGUAUGUGGGAGAGAUUAUUACCUCAGAGGAGGCAGAGCGGCGGGGCCAGAUCUACGACCGCCAGGGUGCAACCUACCUCUUUGACCUGGACUACGUGGAAGACGUAUAUACUGUGGAUGCCGCCUUUUAUGGCAACAUCUCUCAUUUUGUCAACCAUAGUUGUGAUCCCAACCUGCAGGUGUACAACGUAUUCAUAGACAACCUUGAUGAGCGACUACCCCGCAUCGCGUUCUUUGCCACAAGAACCAUCUGGGCGGGCGAGGAGCUCACCUUUGAUUACAACAUGCAAGUGGACCCCGUGGACAUGGAGAGUACCCGAAUGGACUCCAACUUUGGCCUGGCUGGCCUCCCUGGCUCCCCCAAGAAACGGGUCCGUAUUGAAUGCAAAUGUGGGACAACAGCUUGCCGAAAAUACCUCUUCUAGCUCUGAGAAGUCUGAGGCCAGACUAACUGAAGGGGCCUGAAGCCACCUUCCUCUCUACUGCUGCCCUCUUGUCAAGAAUGACCAUCAGAGCAUUGUCUGCCUCCGCUUAACCUCACCUGCCCUAACCUGUCCCUAUCUGCUCCAGGGUCAGGCUGUGGUGAGGACUGAUUCCAGCUCCCCGCUCUCUGUUCCCCCUGUCCCAGGCCCAUUUUCAGAAGCUUAUUUUUCAUAUCAGGAUUUCCUAGAGUUGGAAUUCAUGCUAUAGAGGUCCAAAGGAUGAGCACCUCUGCCCCAAAAUGUUUUUUUUAAUAGCAUCUCUGCAGCUCUGUGUAGUUCAGGCUGGUGUUGGACCCUUAAUCCAGUCUCAGCUUUCCUCAUGCUGAGAUUAUUAUUUCAUUUGCUUCUGCUUGGAGCCUGUGUGACCUGUUGCAGGCCUCUUCAAUGCUCUUAAUGGUAUGAGGAAGCAACCCCCCAGGCAGAUAGACACCAGAGCUCAGAUACCAGCCUAACAUCAAGCUGGAUCAGCAACCACAGAGCCCUUGUACUCAUGAAAGACCUAGGGUCUUCUCAUUGUGCAUUUGAUGCUGCCUACCAUUAACCUUAAUACCCAUAGGGUCUCAAGAGUUGCAGGUCUGAAAAGUAGUUGCCCAAAUGCCACCAGAAUGGGGACAGAGUAAAUGCCUCUUUGAAAGCCCCAUAGGAGGGUUAAGACUGAGAUUUACUGUCAGGGAGUAGAGUUCUAGGUAUGCUAGAUACCAUUCUGCCUUGGCAUGUGAUCACUGGAACUGCUAGAAGCUGGAACCAAGAUCUCGGUAGUCUGUAGACAGCACUUAAGAUAUGAUGUGCAUUGACUAGAAGCUGAUGAGGUGCCAGGCACUGGGUACAGCACCUGGUCCAUAUGGAUUGUCUCAGGGAAGCCUUGAAAACCACAGGUGGAACCCAGGAAAAGGCCCAUGUGGCAAAAGGCACUGUCUAGGCCAAAAAUGGCUGGGGAGAGCUUGCUAGAGUAUGGUGAGCCAUAUUCUGAGUCAGCUCUAAGUAUUCACCUGGGUCUACUUGUUUCAAAAGUUAACUGCCUAGAAAUGUACAAAAGGCAAAGAUUCUGAUGGCUGCCUUGUUCCCUGCUCUCCCCACUUUCCUGACUUUCUGUACCCAGAGUGCCCCUAUGUGAGACUGUACACCCCACUCCCAGAUCUAUGUGUAUGUCUGUAUGUGUCCUGCCCACACUCCCCAGGCUGACCUUCAGGCAUGGACUGAAUCUGGUUCUCUUGCGUAUCCCUCAGCCCUCCCUGUCCUGGAGUGCAGAUCAAUAAACUACAUUGUUGAGACAAUAA